UCUGACAUCACACUCACUUACUCCACUACCUAACAAAGUACAUAUCUUAAAUAACAUAACAAACAUUAGACACCCCUCACCGCAUUCACAUUCACAUACCCAAAUUAAUAAUCCUUCCUUUUCAUAGUUACAAUACAACCACCACCCCAUCAUUAAAUCUUUUCACGUUUCCAUUCCCAAACACAUACUCGGGCUUCUCACUACUCUCAAAGGGGAACAAGAUCUGAAGCUUUGAAUGCUAUUGAAAAUAAUUGGUGAAAAUGAGGAUAAUAACAAGGAGUCAAAGUAGGAAAAAGAUAGGAAGGUACAAUCAGAAUCAGAAUGUGAGUGAAGGUGAUGGUGGAGAUAGGAUCAGUGAUUUGCCGGAUUCAAUUCUGUUGCAUAUAAUGUCAUUUAUGAUGAUUCAUGACGUCAUUAAGACUUGCAUUUUGUCAACAAGGUGGAAGAAUCUUUGGAAAUCCAUGCCUAAUAUUAAAUUACACACUGCAGACUUCAGGAAUCAUUGUGUUUUCUCUGAAUUUAUUUCCGGUAUUGUGUCGUGCCGUGAUGGCCGCGGCGAUGGCGAUCACCCCUUGAUUAGCCUGGACUUCAGUCGCCAUGGCUAUUUGCAAAACUAUAUCUUGACCGAUCUCAUGAGAUAUGUGGUGUCGAAAGAUAUACAACAUCUGAAAAUUUAUGUUCCAUAUAAUCUUGGUUUGCCUUCUUUUGUGUUCUCUUGUAGCUCCUUGUUAUCGCUUGACCUAUCGGUUUCUUCGUAUGAUCUCAAGAGGAGAACAAGAAUAUCGAAGCCUUUAGAACUCCCGUCGUUGGUGAGUUUGCGCCUUGAAAGUGUUGCAAUUUCUGUAGAUGAGAAUUGCCAAGCAGAACCCUUCUCAAAAUGUGUAAAGUUAAAAACCCUGUCCAUCAACAAUUUUCUGAUGAUCUCGCCUGAUUCUGACAUAGACAGGUCAGGAACUCUCGUUAUAUCAAAUGCUAAGCUCGCCAGUUUGACCAUCAAGGAGUAUAAACGGUACAAGAUUUUAGUGUCUACACCUAAUCUAAGAUCAUUUACUUUGGAUGGUUCUCCUUUUCAACAGUUACGCGGGAAGAAAGGGAUGGCUAUUGAGCUUCAAUCUUCCUCACUAGCAUAAAGUUGUAGAAGGUAAUAGAAGAACGUUUUCAUUGAAGGAAGUAGAAUUUCUCAUAAUCAAUUAACUGGAGCAAUACAAUCAAUCUGUAGCUUAUUUAUGUUGAUUAGGUGUAUGAUAUUAUAUUAUGACCAUGACCAUAGUUGUAGGAGUAGUAAUAUUAAAACAAGAAAUUCAUGAAAGAAUAGUGUUGAAAUAGAAAACGGUUCAUAGUUGUUCCUUAACAAUAGGGAAUUGACUAAGAUAGAAUAGUUGUUCCUUAUAAUUUACAUGGAUAUCAUUAUUUGAUAUGUACAUAGCUCGCUUGCAAUUGCAAGGAGCUUGUUCUAAAUGUAAUUCUUUCUUUUUUUUAUUUCUGAUUUUA